AUGCCGCCGACUUUCCUCCUCCCUCUCGCCGCCGCCUUCCUCCUCCUCCACCUCCAUUUCCCUUUCGCCAGGUCCCAAUCAUACAUCGGAGUCAACUACGGCCAAGUCGCCGACAACCUCCCGCCGCCGUCGGCCACCGCCAAGCUCCUCCAAUCCACCGCCGUCCAGAAAAUCCGUCUCUACGGCGCCGACCCGGCCAUCAUCCGCGCCCUCGCCAACACCGGGAUCGGGAUCGUGAUCGGAGCCGCCAACGGCGACAUCCCGGCCCUGGCCGCCGACCCCAACUCGGCGGGUCAGUGGGUCAACUCGAACGUCCUGCCCUUCUACCCGGCCAGCAACAUCGUCCUCGUCACCGUCGGCAACGAGGUCCUCCUCUCCGGCGACCAGAACCUCAUCUCCCAGCUCCUCCCGGCGAUGCAGAACGUGCAGAACGCGCUCAACUCGGCGUCCCUCGGCGGCAAGGUCAAAGUCUCCACCGUCCACUCCAUGUCCAUACUGGGUCGGUCCGACCCGCCUUCCUCGGGUUCGUUCGACCCGUCGCAUCUGGACGCGAUGAAGGCGCUGCUGCAGUUCCAGAGAGCGGUCGGGUCCCCGAUUGCCGUGAACCCGUACCCGUUCUUCGCGUACCAGAGUGACCCGAGGCCCGAAACGCUGGCGUUUUGCUUGUUCCAGCCCAACGCCGGGCGGGUCGACUCGGGUAGUGGGAUCAAGUACAUGAACAUGUUUGACGCUCAGGUUGAUGCAGUGAGAUCGGCGCUGAACGGAAUUGGGUUCAAGGACAUAGACAUUAUGGUCGCCGAGACAGGGUGGCCGUACAAGGGCGACCCGAACGAAGUCGGGCCGAGCGUGGAGAACGCCAGAGCCUACAAUGGCAACCUCAUUGCCCACCUCAGAUCCAUGGCCGGAACGCCAUUGAUGCCUGGCAAAUCCGUCGACACGUACCUAUUCGCUCUCUACGACGAGGACCUUAAGCCGGGGCCUUUGUCGGAACGUAGCUUCGGCCUCUUCAAGCCCGAUCUCUCCAUGACUUACGACGUCGGCCUCUCCAAGACCAGCAGCACCAGCCAGCCGAGUCCACCAUCGUCGUCGGAGAAAACGCCAUCAUCAGGCGGAGGAUCGCCGGCGGCGGGGCAGGAGCGAUGGUGCGUGCCAAAAGCAGGGGCUUCCGACGCGCAACUGCAAGCGAGUCUGGACUACGUGUGCGGGCAGCAGGGCAUCGACUGCGGCCCUCUGCAGCCAGGCGGCGCGUGUUUCGAGCCCAACACACUCGCUUCUCACGCCGCCUACGCCAUGAACCUCUACUUCCAGCGCUCCGACAAGCGCCCUUGGAACUGCGAUUUCUCGCAGACCGCCGCCCUGUCCUCCAAGAACCCCAGCUACAAUGGCUGCAAUUACCCUGGCGGCGGUACGUGA